AUGGUGGCGUGGGCGAACACCUUUAGAGAAGAUUCUGUUGUCGAUUGUGGCAUUCUUCGUCUUACUCACAGCCGUACUCAUAGCUGUGGUAUUGAACAUGGACAUCAUCUCGAAAAAUCGCUUUCAGACGAUAGGAUACACCACUCUACUGUGAAACCACCAACACAGCGGAAUUUGUCCACAACGACGUCAUCGCCUCCUGCUCCUCCUCCUCCUCCUCCAACUCCAUCACCGGAACCGCCUGUUUGCACGACGAUAGGCUGCGUUCGAGCGGCAAAUAACAUCAUAAACGCUCUGAAUACGUCUGUGAAUCCAUGCGAGGAUUUUUACGAAUUCGCCUGUGGAUCAUGGAAUGAAGAUCACCCGAUUCCAGAUGAUAUGUCGGCUUUUGGGACCUUCUCGUUUGUACGGGAACAAGUUCGGCAGCAAUUACGAGUAUUGUUGGAGCAAGAAGUGAAAUCAGAGUCCACUUCGAUCAAUAUGGCCCGAAUAGCGUACAAAACUUGCAUGAACAAAACACAACUGGAGGAGUUGAAAACGAGGUGA